AACCUCUGCGUGAGCCCAGCGCGCUUGCGCGUUGGCAGCGAGGGGCGGGGCCUCUGGGGUGAGAGGUGGUGAGGGGUGUGCCGCGCGAGCAGCUGGGGAUCUGAUCGGCGUCGCUGCCCGUUCCCGGUACCGGCCGUCGGGGCCACAAGCAAGCACUGCAAGAAAAUUGCAUUACUUCCUGAUGCUGGUCAACUUUCAGUAAACUUAUCAGCCAUGUCUUAUGAGCGAAGAGAGGCCAACUACUUGGUUAAUGAAGAUCCAGAACAGCUUUCAAGAGCAAUAACUUCCAACAUUCAGAAAAUUGGACAGCAUUCUGCAGAAAUCCAAAGGAUUUUAAACCAACUAGGAAAGCCUCAGGAUAAUGCAGAACUUAGACAUCAGCUUCAGCAGAAGCAACAGUUAGUCAAUCAUCUGGCUAAAGAAACUGAGAAGUACAUAAAGGAAUUUGGAUCAUUAGCAGCUGUAAGUGAACAGCGACAAAGAAAGCUACAGAAGGAUCGUUUGGUUGCUGAAUUCACCAGUGCAUUGACUAAUUUCCAAAGAAUCCAAAGAGAGGUUGCAGAAAAGGAAAAAGAAUUUGUAGCAAGAGUACGUGCUGGUUCGCAUCUGUCUACAGGUGUGCCUGAAAGUCAAAAAGGAGAAGCUCUGCUGUCUCUCGAAAGUCCGAAUCAGUUUCAAGAUCAAGUGGAAGAUGGGAUUACAGAAGAAGACCUGGAGCUCAUUAAAGAAAGAGAGAAUGCUAUUAGGCAAUUGGAGUCUGAUAUCUUGGAUAUUAAUGAAAUAUUCAAAGAUUUGGGAAUGAUGAUUCAUGAACAAGGAGACCUAGUUGAUAGCAUAGAAGCCAAUGUGGAAACUGCUGAAGUACACGUACAACAAGCAAACCAGCAGCUUAGUAGGGCAGCUGAAUAUCAACGCAAAUCUCGAAAGAAAAUAUGCAUCUUAAUCAUCGUAUUGCUAAUCCUUGGUUUGGUGGUGGGACUCAUUAUCUGGGUAUCAGUAUCAAAAUGAAGUCGGAAGAUCAAGCAUAACAUUGCACUCAAAUUCUGGUUAGCAUUAAACAUCGGAGUUUAUUUACGGAUGGCAAAUACUUUAUUCAAAUACAUUUAGAAAUUGAAGUAUGCUUUCUAGCGAUGUAAUCAAAUCUAUUUUGUAAUUGAAACUGCCAUGCUUCAUUAAUUUAGAUGCCAUUAUUUAAAUAAUAUCGAAUGUUUUAUUUCUUUAAUGCUCAGGCCAAACAUUGUAUGGAAUCUUUUAUCUGCCAAGUUGCCAUAACUUAACUAAAUUAACUGCUAGGAUCUGCUGAUAAUUGUAAAUUUAUUUUAGUUUGAUCUUAUUAAUGUGCAAAAGGCAUUCCAUUAGGCAUAAGUGUACCUGGACCAGUGCCGAAUGGACUCUUCAAUUUUCCGUUAGAGUAAUGCCACUUUAACGCUUAUGGACAGCCUUGAUUUUGUGGCUGUCCAAAUGAGUUAUUAAAUGAAGUAAUAAUGCAUCUGGUUUUCAUCAACUGCGCAUCUACUGAUUUCUUACUGAAAGUUAACUUGCCAUUAUCCUGUUUUUGCAAUAUUUGCACUGAAUAGAACCAGUCUGACUUUGUACCAGAUUACACUCCUUUGUAUUGUGUGUUAUCUUAAUGAACAAUACAGAAUGGACUAUAUUUGUAUUCCAAGGGAUGUAUUAAACAUUUUAAUACACUCAAGAUGGUGUAACUUCUAUGUGUCCACAUAGUUUUGCAAAUUUGGAUUUAAAAUUAGACUGGUAUAACAAUCUAAAUGCUGCUUAAAUAAACUUUUUCUAUAUAAUUGUGUUCCUGAUGCUGUUAAACAACUUUAUACAAGGUGGCAAUUGAAGAAUAUUGAAGUCACGAAAGAAUUAUGUAAUCUUUCAAAUCUGUACAAAUACACUAAUUUGAAUAAUCAAUGAACUGCUGUGCAUUUGCCUUGUUGCGUGCAUCUCUAUUGACACUUGGUGCUCAAUGCCGAAGUAAUUGAGACUUCAUUUUCUAACCAAUACAUUUACUCUCACUUCUGUAGAUGUAUGGCUGCAAUUUGAAUGAUUAUAAAAUUAACCUCAAUGAUUUGUCAAGGCCUUUAGCAGACCUCUGGACUUGAAACGCCAAUCACAAGUAGGACAAGGGAGCAGUGCAUGGAAUGCCACUACUUUUAUGUUUUCUCCAUGUCACACACACUAUCUUGGAAAUAUUCUAUUGUUCCAUCAAUGUUAAAGGAGCAGUAUGUUUUUAAACCCUCAACUCCAUACACAGUCCACAGUGCUUUUAAGAUUAUCUUUACCAGAUGAACUGCAUUUGUUUAACAAGGUUUCCCCUGAACUAAUUUGAUGUUGAUCAAUAAUUGUUCUGCCUGCUCUUAUUUUCCAGUAAUGUGAAGUGAUGAGUAUCAAACUGGAUAACCUUCUGCAAUAACCUGUGGGUAUAAAAUUGAAUGAGAUCCUCUCAAGUACAAGCUAGCCUAUAACCGUAAGACGUUGGAUAGCCAGUACGAUUUUGGAAAUCCAGAAUGAUAGAUUUAGCCUAACCUGCUGAGUUCCUCCAGCAUUGUAUGUGUUAUGCAUACCAGAAUUAAUUUUUCCCACUGGUGUUCAUCUCUGUCUUGGGUUUAAACCCCAUCAUGCUGAUGACACAAGCUUCCAUUUGCUCGGCUGUACAAUCUGCCCAUUGAGUCUACGUGAGAUUGAAACAAACUCAAGUACAGCAAUCCUAUUCAAAUGAAUCACUGCAAGAAAGAUGAGUGAAUUUUUUAAAUUGUUAAAAAACACAAAAUGCUGGCAGAACUCAGCAGGCCAGACAGUAUCUAUGGGAGGAGGUAGUGAUGACGUUUCGGGCCAAAACGUCAUCACUACCUCCUCCCAUAGAUGCUGUCUGGCCUGCUGAGUUCUGCCAGCAUUUUGUGUUUUUUAUUUAUUUCCAGCAUCUGCAGAUUCACUCGUGUUGUUUUUAAAUUGUUAUAUGUUUUGAUUUACUCCUUGAAUAGCAAAGUGAAAGUAAUUUUUCUUUCCAACUUUUGGUAAGUGCGCUGAUGCUUCAGCGUUCACGAGCAUUCAGUAGCUUCACAUCAGUGAGCUCUAGUGUGUAUGACAACAGGUGCAACACGUGCAGUGCCCUAGCUAUCGACUCUUUCGAACUGCUUUGACUUUUACCAGAGAGAGCAUGAAAUCCUUGGCCCAAGAGCAGAUAGCCAGCAGUCUUGAAGCAAUGAACCUCCACCCCAUACAGUUUCUUGAAGUUUUGUCCAUUUACAAAAAUCAUAUUCUAAGUGUAUAGGUUUUCUGGUGCAAAGCCAGCAUAACACCAUAAGUUUUCAGUAUCUGCUAAUUUUGUUAAAUUUUUGAGACUGCAUUCAGAUAUUUUUAAAUACACCUUUUUAAGUGAUAGAUCAGAUUUUAAAUUAUUGAAAGUAUUUGUCUAUCGUAAAUGUGAGAUUGCUAACCUAAUGAAUAUUUAGUUACUAUACCUUAAGUAAAAUAAUGCAGGGAAUAUGCAGAAUUUUUUCAUCAUUGUUUAAACUACUUUCUCAUAAAGAGUCACUAAGAAAAUAUAGGUUGCCAUCAACCAAAUCAGGGAGACAGAUUAAAUCUCUACCCCAGAAGGCAGUUUUUGAUGGUGUAGAAGGUUAUUAAAGGGAAAUGAACAAAAGAUUCCAUAUCUUUAGAUUUUCUAUAUUGAGAAAGUAAGUUUUCAGUUUUGCCAAUUGCAAAGGUUCAUCUGGACAUUUGAUAAUAUUUGGUCAUUUUCAAAGCAAGCUUAAAAGCAACUGUCAUUGACUUGUAAUAAUAGAUGAAACUCUUAUCUCCCUAGUAUUAAAUGGAACUCAAAUUUUGCUCUGAUAAAAGACUAUAUUUGGAGGGAUAAAUGGAAUGAUUUCUGAUCACCUUGCAUGGUAAAUGCAAUUCUCUGUAGAGAAAGUGCAGAUUGAUACUGGGUACAGCAUCUCAUCAAUAUAAUGAUGAGUUAAAAGCUAAUUAAGCAUUUUGAUGUACAGUAGGCUGUAAAAUAUUACGUGGAAAGUUUAUAGCUAUGAUUAGUAGAAUCUAUGACAGAAUUGUUUAUUAAAUUCUAACCAAAAUAUAAAUUGUUAACUUUUCAUCUGUAUAAAUUAAUCUUUGUUUUUCAACUCAAGUUUACUGUCAUAUGCACAAGUAUGUGUUUGCAGAGGUGCAAUAAAAGACCUGCAAAGCAACACGGGCACACAGCAUUGUAUAAGCAACUUUCAGGAAAAUGCAAAUUACAUACGAUUUCUACAAGAAAACAAUUUAGAACAAAACUCAAAAUGAUCAUAGUAUUUUGGGUAAAUAGUAGUGAUUAGGGUUUUAAUUGAUCACUCUUUGAUAAAUGGUGAUAAAUACCCAGACUUUGGUUUUCCAUUGUGAGGCCAUAUUUCACUCUAAUAGUAAAGCUUGUAUAUGUAAGGAAUUGAAAUAAAUGCAUAAAAACAUA